AUGAACAGCGUCGUCGAUGCAGAUGUGGGCAUGGACGAAGAUGUCAACAUGGAGAACAGUUCUCUCCAUCAGUCCAAAGCCUUCGACACGAGUGAUCUGGCGGAGGCCAUGAGCUUAUGUAGGGUGUCUGCAUGCCUCCUCCCGAAUGAGAUCCUGGAGCAGGUCAUCUCGAAUUUCGUCCCACGCGGCAAAGGCCUCUGUGUCUCGAACGAUCCAGACUACCACUCGGAUUUCGCCACGAUUGGGUCACUUCUGAGAGUCAGUCACGCCAUCAGCAACGAGAUCCUUCGUCGCAUAUUCUGCCGACCCUUACAAGUUUACAUUCUGAGCGGUAUUAACUGUCGCUGUCUGUUUAGACCGAAGCCUCUCCUACAGACGCAUUUGGGCAAGGUGUUUGCUCUCCCGCUCAAAAGAUUUCCGGAGGUGGUGGUAACGUUUGCGCCACAGCUGCUCAAGCCUGCAUGCGGGUUCAGUCGACAGACGCCAUGGCCGGUCAGUUCCCUGAGUGGCGAGCGAGGAAGGGAAAAGUUCCAACUGGAGAUGCUUUGCGUCGCGCAUCAGUCUCACCCUCUCGCGGAGGAAAUGAUGCGACACCCAGACGUGAGGGCUCAAGAUGCUCCGCUUUUCAGGUUCGGAUUCGAUGCAUCCAAGGGCGUCGCCGAGGUGAAUCGGUUGAGGGAGACACCCCUCUGGGAGGUGUCGGGCCACGCAGUGGCCGCUGACUAG